CUUCUUUCCCAUCGUUGGGUAAAGUUAGUAUUCAAACUAUUCCCAAUGUAUUUACGGAACAAUUCCUUACUUGAUCAUUAUUUUAGUCUCAAAAAGAAAAGAUCUAUACGAGGGAGAAAAUUUCAUAAAUUUAAAUAGUAUCUAAGUGAAUUUUUGAAGAGAUUUUUGGACGUGAAACGUGAAGUUGUUUGACUAUGCCUAAAGGGAAAGGUAAACGUUCUGACCGGCAAGGCAAGUCGAAAACCCGAGCUUCUCCUCGAAGGAGUGAGGAAAGUCUUGCAGUCGAAGAUGACGAAGCAAUGAGUACAACAAGCCAGAAUUCUUUGGAAACUCGAAGCGGUGAUGACGUCAAUAACGAAGGCAACGACGAUAGUUUAGAAGAAAUCGAAGUCACUUUUGAACACAAUUUGGAAGAUUAUUUGGAUGGGGCAGCGCAAAAAAGUGCCAAAGGACGACAAACUUCCUUGAUUGCCUUACAGAAAGCAUUGAAGUCUAAAGUACUCACAGAAUUUGUUGCAAGCAGGAUGAUGACAUUCCAGGAUUUGGUGGRAAAAUGUCUAAAAAGAGGGCAAGCAGAAGAUCGUGUCCUUGCAUCUUCUAUUGCAUCCUUGGUAUGCAUUCAGCUUGGUGUUGAGAGUGAAGGGUUCUUCAAGGUAGUUAAGCCUAUCCUCACAAUGAUCAUCCAGGACCCAACAGCAAGCAUUGGUGCUAGAGCAAGUUGUUGCAGUGCCCUUGGUCUUUGUUGCUUCAUUGCUGCAGAAGACAUUGAGGAUUCACAACAGUGUGCUAAAGUGUUUGAAGGAGUUUUCAAUAACAACAAAACUAUCACCCCAGUUGUUGCACCUCUGUAUUGCCACGCUGUAUUAGCCUGGGCUCUACUUCUGUCUGUUGCACCUGAAGCUGAAGCCUAUARCACUGUACGCAAAUUCUUGCAGAGAAUCUCGUGCAUUCUAGGUGCAAAUGAUAUUUCAGUCAGGAUUGCAGCGGGGGAAGCAUUAGCAUUGAUGUAUGAGAAAGCUAGAGCUGUUGACAGAUCCUUUGUUGGUGAAAAAGCCCGAUUUUGUGAGCAACUAAAGGACCUAGCAACUGACAGUGACAAACACAAAGCUAAAAAAGAUCUCCGUAAUCAGAGGUCGAGUUUUCGUGAUGUCAUGCGUGCAAUCGAGGAUGGUAGCGUACCAGAUGAGACGAUAAAGUUUGGUGUUGAGUACUUGGAGCUCUACUCCUGGACAGUAAGGAGACAGUACUCUGCUUUUAAGGAAUGUCUGGGACUGGGAAUGCCUGUACAAUUGCAGGGGAAUGAGUUACUGAGGGACAUUUUUGAACUUGGUCCCGUAGUCAACCUAGAGGAAAUGCAGCUACAGAAAGUGAGCAAAUUCCAAAGGAAUCAGUACAACAGUGCAGCAUCCAAAGCAAGAACAUUAGUGAGAGGCAAGAACAGGGACAAACGUAAUGUCAGUGCAUAUUGAGAAAGGAACCAUACUAAAUGACAAAACAAUGAAAUUUCCUCAUGACGUACAAUCCCAGUAAACCUCGUUUCCUGAAUGCACACAAAGCCAAAAUUUUAAAUACAUAUUUUGAUGUAUCAAAAGAAUAUAAAAUUCAAUUCGUAUUUUAAUGUCAAAUGAAUUCAAUGUUGCUAUGGUGUGAAAACAAAUCUUCCUGGUCUUCACUUGCAAUAUGUAGGAAGUUGUGAACCAGGAUAUUUUGAUAUUGUUGUGAUAUUAUUUAGUAUUAUAUUUUAUUUUGAGCAUUUUAAAGUGAUUUCAGUAAGCUUGUGUAAAAUAAAUCCUAAUUUAUUCAAUUUUCAUUCUAUCAACAAAACAAAAAAUAUAACAAAAAAAACAAAGAAAAAAUUCUUGUAUUACCCUGCCAAACAGGUAUUUUAGUAGUAUAUUGGUCAAUAUUCCAAUUUUAUUAACAACAACAGAAAACACAGCUAUGCUGAUCAGCUUACUAUAAUGCUUUUGUACAACAUUUAGAAAUGAUGUUUGAAAAUUAUUUCAUAGGUGUUUAUUAUUGACUUCACUCUACUCAGUACGAAACUUCCCAUUAAAUUAAAGACAGCCACAGAGAAUUAUCAUUGAGAAACAACAGGCCUAUGUUUUCUUAAAUAAGACCUCUUGGCUGAGCGUGAGAAACCAACAGUUGAACUCUAGAAUUUGGAUGCAAGAACCUUGCACUGUGACUAACGCAGGCAAGGAAAGUAAAAGUGGUCAUGUCUUUCCUCCUUGCAAAGGUGCCAUUAAUUUUGUUAUUCUUUGAUUGAUUCUCCAACAACGAAGCCUUUGUAAUCACUUUCAGUGAACAUCCAGCACAGAUAGCACAUAAUAUUAUGAAAAUAUCUAAAGAACUGUCAUUGACUUAGAAUUGUGCAUUAAUUCCUGGAGGUUUCGGUCACUGUAACCUUCACAAACGAUGAUGGAAUGACGGGCAAUCAGGGCCUGGUCAUAUGAACGGUGGAUAGAGCUAUCCCAUGGAUAAAUCCUUAUCCAGUGGAUAAGAGGAUUCUGUUAUUCAAAAAAAAUCCAUUGGAUAAGAUUUAUCUGUUGUAUAGCACUAUCCACCAUUAGUACAACUCGGCCCAGAUAGAGCUAUCCACCCUUCGUACAACUGAGCCAAGGAAAUAUGUGUUUACAAUGUCAAUGAACACAUUACAGCUACCACGUUUUAAGCACAAAACAUCUCAAGAUACUUUCAUUACCAAUGAAACAAAAUUAGUAACAAUAAUGUAAAAAUAACUGGUGUAAAGGGUUUAAAUUAAUUGUCAAAAUAAGUCAUAAUUUACCUUGGGGUCCAGAGAUUCAGAGAGCAUUUGCUGUCUUAGUGGUGCUUGUUCUAAAACCACCCAAAACCUCUGGAGCCCAAAUAAAGAUUUGUCUAAAAACAUCAAAUGCAAAAAAAAUUAUUUUCUUCCUAGCAGUUUUUCAAAUAUUAAUAAAUCUAUUAAUAUUCCCUAUUUAUUUAGAUAUUUAUAAUAUAAUUGAAAGAAAAUGUUAUUAAAUACCCUAGCAUUUGAUGUGUUUUAUCAAAUCUGAAUGAAGUACUAUACUGUUGAUUGCCAUAAAAAACUAUUAAAAACGUUGACUAUCAAA